AUCAGCCUUCCCAAACGCUCUCGUGGAGCUGCGCGUUCCCCCCGGGAGAGGCUGGGCUCGCGACAGCUGUCGACCAGCUUUAAGUUUGCAGCGAAGACAUUACCGAAUGGUGUUGUUACCUGUGUCACUUAGCUAACUUUGUUUGUUUGUUGUUGUUUUUUAAACAGCAAAGUGUGUUUAGUUAACUGUGGAAAGAUUUUUCAAACUAAAGUUGUUGAGUGAGUCGCGCGCGGCUGCAACUUCAGGACCACCGGCUGUCCAGUGUUCUUGUGGAGAGCCGUCUCCCUCCAGUCGACGGGAUGUCUUUGCGAUAAAUGACUUAUUUAAAGAGGCUGCAGUGGAAUGCACUCGACCGGGGAUAUGAACCAUGGCCUGGCGAGUGUGGUCAAAACUCUGCUGUGGUCAAAAAUGGCUACUCCUCCUCUCCCCCGUCUUCCUCCUCUUCCUCACGAUCUCUGUAAUGACGAUGACUCUUCCCCUUCCUUUGCCGCCUACUGACAUUGACCGGCGGUCAUCCCGAGCCCUGAGCUCCGCCGGGGAGUUCAGUUCCAGGCCCAGGGCCGUGGAGCCCUCUUCAGCCACUGCCUUCCAGCUGCCACUCACUCACAUCCACAGUGGGGCCUGGAAAUCCAACACUCGAAAAGAGAUGUCUAAACAUUCAGUGCCACUUAAACUUUUUGGGGUCGCUGCUGGCGAUGACCAAAACAUCAUCAAAAAGAGAAGUCACGCAGACUUGCGCAGAAAUAAACACAAAAGCAAAGGCAUUGCCUCCAAAAGAAAAGAGAUGGCAGGCGCCAUCCAGCAUCCAACCAGUCACCACCAUCCCCAUCUCCCAGAGUUUACAGUCAACAACACAGGGCCAAAGCAUAGAAUUAAGCCAAGCAACCACAGUGCUGUGGUAAAGCACACUGCAGAGACAUACAUUCAUCUUGAAAGGAGCAAAUCCACAGCGGCACAUAUCCCUACUCCAGCAUAUACCCUAAUAAGUGACAGACAAGCUGCAGGCAGACAGACAGGCAGAUGGGAGGAUAGACACGCAAACAGGAAUGCAGACACACCAAUACAUGGCAGCCAUACAAGUGCAAAGCUAACUGAACGUCACCAGGCUUUGGAAAAACACAGACAGCACUCUGGGAAAUCUGACAAAGUCGGUAAGGAGCAGCAGGCUGUGAAAACGCCCUCCAGGGAUGUCAAAAGACACCAUAAUCUCUCAGAGGAUCCCUCUGAAACAAAGAAGAAUCCUGGGUCCAAACCGGAGGCAGCCAUAAAGAAAGAUGACAGCAGCUGGUGUCGGAGCUUUACAGAGCAGGACUUUCCAGACAGUGACCACAGAAGGAUCAGGAUUAGUCCAGAUCUCCGGCCUCUUCCCUGGCUCAGUGAGGAUGACAUCCAGAAGAUGGAGCUCCUUGCUUUGGGUGAGGUGGCCAGUAAGGCCAGGGUGCCUGCACAUGGACAGGUGCUCCAAGUGGCGCUGGAUCCUCCUGCACACCAGCAGCAGCCAUCACCGAAGAGAGAUUCACCUCACCAUGGACCUGGCCACAGUCAUCCAGAAGCCCACAGUGAGCGCUGCCAGCAGGGGCACUGCUCUCUGAUCAAACGCACUGAUGACUGGUUUGAAGUGUUUGCCUUCCACCUGGACAGGGUUCUGGGACUCAACAGAAGUCUCCCUGCGGUGCUGAGGACUUUCCACAGUAAGAUUUUACCAUAUCGAUACAUCAGUGGCACCCCCAGACCUGUAGUGUGGUGGGAUCCAGAUAUUCAGCACCUCUCUGAUAGAGACAAUGACCAGAACUCAGUACCACUCAGCUGGGUCCAGUACCAGAAGCUGCUACAGGUCCACUGUGGGAGUAAAGCAGACCUGAGGUCAGCGCCCUGUGUGGGAGUUUACCACUCAGAGUGGAGGAGACUGGCUCUCUUUGACUUCUUAUUACAGGUAAAUGACCGUCUGGACAGGUACUGCUGUGGUUUCACACCUGAACUAACAGAACUCUGUGUGGAGAACCUGCUGCAUGCCAAGUGUGGCAACACCAAGGACCUGCUGCUGGUUCACAUCCUGGUGAGGAAGGCAGAUCCCUCCAGACUGGUGUUCAUAGACAACGCCGGCAGACCACAGCAGUCCGAUGACAACCUCAACUUCAGGCUGGUUGAGGGCAUUGAUGAGUUUCCAGAGAGAGCAGUGUCGGUGCUCCAGUCAGGCUGUCUGGAGAGUCUUCUUCUACACUCGCUUUACACAGACAGGGAAUUCUGGGACAGCCAAGGCGGGGCCAGCAGUCUCAGGCCUCUCAUCCACACUGUGGAGCACAGAGGGAAGAUUCUCCUCCAGCACAUCAGGGACAAGAAACUACAGCUCAAGAGGGACCUGUGACUGAGCUGACCGGACCAAACAGAAGUAGAAUUUAGGAUCUUUAGACUCUUUCAGGUUGAUAAUCUGAUUGUCAAGAUGAUAUUUCUUUAGUGUAAUCAAAGAGAUGUCAUUCUCCAGCAACCCCCCCCCCCCAAAAAAACGAAAUGAAACAGCUAAUGGGAGCAAACUUGGAUGUAAAAAAACACCCUUUUAUUAGGGGUUACAAUAAAUACAACAUCCACAAUGACAACCUCAGAGUACGUGGACCACUCUAUUACAGAGUUUUAAAGCUCAACAGUGGUGAUAUUAUAUCUUAAAGUUAGACUGAAAUCACAGAAGUCGUCCCUCUUGCAGUCAAAAAUCAGGUCAGUAGUGAAAGAAAGAUCCGAAAUGCUCUUUUAGCCUCCACGCCUCUGAGUGGGUGGGCCAGUUUGCAAGUUUGAUCGAUAGCAAAGCUGGCAGGGGCACCAAGACACACUGCGAAACUUUGCUGUUAGCUAUAGCUUACAAGCCAAGCACACACAGUGUUCUGUUAGUAGUGGUGUUAGUUUUAAGUUAUGAUUUUGAAUAUUUGCAAAGAAUUCUUAGGCAGAGAACCAGCGGCGUUCUGACUGGUUAAUGCACAGACGGAGGACGCUGGCAUGAAACCAAUAAACACAAAAUUCUUCCUUUUGGGUAUAGAUCUUUUUCCAAAAGGGAGCACAGGACUUUAAGAACAACUUUCCACUAAGGUGCUCCUUAUAAUAUAAGUCAUUUACUAAUGAUUAUAUAAAUCAGUCUUAAGCCAUUAAUAAGGACAACUUUUGGGUUGUGAAAGAUCAUUACGAGUCAAGUCAUUAAUAAAUGUUAACGAGUUUCUCACUUUUUAAUAAGCAAUGAAGUUUGUAGUUAUAUGUGCUAAGUCAUUAAAAAGGGAAAUAAACCAUCAGUCUACAGUUAAAAUACGAUAGAACACUCCUGGACAAAUGAGGGACUACACCGUCCUACAGUUAAAAUGUUAAUAAUGUCAUUGUCUUAUACGCCAUCAAUAAACAUUAGUCAUCUGCAGUUGUUAUAAUAGUUAUUAAGUAAUUAAUAAAUAGUUGUCAUAAUAAUCAAUGAAGUCUGCAGUUGUUAAUGUUAAUAAAUUGUUGAUAAACUGAUUUUGGUCCAGAUGCUCUGCAGCGCUUUUCAAAAAGCUCAGAGGCCAAAUGGUCCAUUGGAGGAGUCUGAGAGCUGCUGCACCAGCCACAACCGGGCAAACCAGAAGUAGUUCUAAUUAAUGGCUUAUUACUGAUCUAUAAAGCAUUAGUAAAUGAUUAAUUAACAAUUCAUAAAUCUAAUAAUCACAACUUGUAAACCCUUUACAAAUGGUGCCUAAUUAGAAAGUGGUACUGACAUGUCAUGUACAAAACAAAUCUGCAUUGUGCAGCAGAAAAAAACAUUACUACAGACUACAGUUACGACAUUGAAACAUUACCAUCUUACCAUCAAGGUGUCUUUAAAAGUGUAACUGAUUUAGCCGAACAGUUACCAUUCAUGCUGCACACACAGGACAAGAUGAUUCUGCUCUGGAAACAGAAUCAAACAUAAACCUCAAAGUAAUGCAGCAAACAGCAAACUGGUGCAGGCCCUCAUGUUCAGAGUGUCUAACUCAUGCUAAUUGUUUGAUCAUCUGCACCAGAUGAAAUGCCCCUGUAGCUCAGUCUGUUGAUAAGGGAUGCUUGUCACUCCAAACACAUUCAUGUUUUACUUUCAGUCAUCCAACAUCUCACCAAAUGUCCCCUCACAGAAGGGAAAUGUGAGACAAAUGAUUCCCCCGCUCCAGCCAAAUGCUGAUUUUUCCAAGCAAUUUAGUGGAAAGAAGCAUGGUCUGUCUUUUCUCUGUUUUAAUAUUUUACAGAGAGCCAACAGCAGAUCGAGUGAUUGAUUUGGAUGUCUGUUUUUAUGAGAUAAGCUUUUCUGCUUUUAAUCGAGGGAUUAAAAAUAGCUGUCAGCAAAUAGCAUCUGGACCGGCUCAUGGAAGCCUUUUGAUAAAAAUGGACUCCAUAUAUAUAUAUAUAUAUAUAUAUAUAUAUUCAAAGUGGCUGUCCUUGCACAUUGUUAAAUGCACAGCAGUGUAUAGAAGCAAAAGAUGAAAGAAAAGGGAUGAAAAUUGGAUGAAAAUCAAGUGUCAUUAGGGAAGGAAUAGAGCUGAGGCUUUUCUCUCUGAACGACACAUUUCUAAAGCUGAACUGUCACAAAAUAUUCUUUUGGAAUUUGAGUCUUGUGAAAAAGCACACAUGAUAUCACUUGAAGCUGUUUUACGCCUUACCCACUCUGAGUUACAAUUCCAGCCGUGUUGGCAGCUCAUGGAUUAAUAACAUUUUCUAUGAUUCCCUCUUUUCAUCACUGAAUAAAUGGCUCUAAUGAGGACUGGUUCAAAUGUGUGAUCCUCUCCAAUUGAUCUCUCUUACAUUAAAUGUUUUGCUUUUUUUCAUGUGUCAAACCACCAGAAGUGUGCUGGCCACCACUGGUUUUAGAUUGCAUUCAUUUCUCUGCUUCUAUUUGAAUACAUUUUUGGUCCAGCUCAUUAAGCCCCUUCUGGAUUAUAUUGGACCUAAUGCAUUCAUACAUACACUAUAAAGCCUGCAUGCUGCUCUGCUAAAGGAGAGUGGUUCAAAAUAGCAGGAUUGUGUGUUGAAAGCUAGAAAAGAAAGCUGCUAAAAUGAGAGAAUGUUUGCAAUGUGGAUGAGUGAACUCAAUAACAGAAUCAUAAUUUAAAUAUAAAGAAAGAUGAAUUGGUCGACAUUAAUUAUUAUGCUAGACCUCAGGAAAUCCAUUUACAUAGAGAAUAUAGAAGUGUAAAAGCAUAGAGAGAUGCCAAGCCUGCAAUUCAAACCUGCUGAAGCUCUGACAUUAAGACGCAGUGCAGUAGCCAGGGUUUUAUACCGAGGUUUUUUACAUACCAAGGUCAUGAGUCUGAAGGGCCACACAGAAAGCCCGUCUCACAGAACAGAUACACUUCCAUUUUAUCAAAUGUCUCAACCCACGUUGACUGAGACACAUGCUUAGUGAAGCGUAUUCUCCACAGACAGCCAUUCAUCACACAAAUCUCCUGCUGUUUAUGUUGUGAAUGUAUUAACUGUAUCGGUGUAUUACCUCCACUUCAAGCCACUAUCACCUGUCUACCAUUUCUGCAUUAACGAAUGGAGCGAAUAUAUAGUGUGUAGGAGACAGAACAUGGGUGCACUGUGCGUUUGCUGCAUGUGUGUGGGUUGGUCUGGUGCUGAGGGGGCGGAGCUCACGGGAGCAGGUGCACGUGCACGUAUGUCUGUAAAGGUGAGCACUUACCUGAGGCCAGGUUGUUGAGAGUCAGGGACGGGUAGCCGUAAUUUUUGUUGACUGCCUGAUUUUCCUGUUUUUGUCCAUCUACGUUACCUGUUUUAUGCAUCUGGUUUUCAUGUCCAUCCUCUGUCUGCUGUGCUUUGAUGGCUCAUGUGCAAUAAACCUACAAAACGCA